AUGAAAAGAACUUUGGAUGAGAAUUCUGAUAGCGAAACUGACGGCGAAAAUAAUCCAAGAAAAAAAUCUUCAUCUUGCAAUACUUCUUCCUACUUGGCAACAGAUGCCAAGUUGUGUUAUCCGUUCGGAGUGUUUGUUUCUCCCACUAACGAAAUUUACAUAGCCGAUCAAUAUAAUCAUAGAGUGAGAAAGAUAUUAGAAAGUGGACGAAUUGUUACAAUAGCAGGAAAUGGAAAAGGAGGGUUUAGUGGAGAUGAUGGAUUGGCUACUAAUGCACAGCUAAAUUGCCCAUCAAGUGUUUUUGUUUCUAAUAAGAAUGAAGUAUUCAUUGCUGACCAAUACAAUCAUCGAAUUAGGAAGAUAUUAGAAAGUGGACGAAUUGUGACAAUAGCUGGAAACGGAGAGGAGGGAUUUAGUGGAGAUAAUGGACCAGCUACAAGUGCCAGAUUGAAUUGUCCUAUGAGUAUAUUUGUUUCCAAUAUGAAUGAAGUUUAUUUUGUAGAUUCGAACAAUAAUAGAGUCAGAAAAAUAUUGGAAAAUGGAAUUAUUGUAACAAUAGCUGGAAAUGAAGAGCUAGGAUUUUCUGGUGACAGUAUUCUUGCAACAAAUGCAAAACUAAAUGGACCUGUGAGUCUUCAUGUUUCAGAUAAGAAUGAAGUUUAUUUUGCCGAGCUCAAAAACAACAAAAUUAGAAAAAUAUUAAGAAAUGGAUUUCUUGAAACAGUAAUGGGUGAUGGAUUCAGUACUACUUCUGUAAAAGUACAAAGUCCAACAAGUGUUUUUGUUUCUCCACAGAAUGAAAUUUAUUUCUCUGAUAAUACCAGUAAUAGAAUUAGAAAAAUAUUGGAAAAUGGAAAUGUUGUAACUGUUGCAGGAACUGGACAACAAGGAUUCAGUGGUGAUGGUGGACCUGCAACGAGAGCUCAACUUGCAUGCCCUACAGGUCUAUUUGUAACUUUGAAUAAUGAAAUUUAUUUUGCAGAUUCUGCCAAUAAUAGAAUUAGAAAGGUUUUGGAAAAUGGAAAUAUUGUAACAAUAGCAGGAAAUGGAAAACAUGGAUAUAGUGGUGAUGCACCAUUUGAUUUUUCAUUGCAUCCUCAUAUUGGAAGUACUAAUUUGGAAAAACAAGAAACUGUGUUAUUACAACGAGACAUUUAUUUCCCAAAGAUUAAAUUGAAAAAGUAUAACAGAGAUAGAUUGUUUGGAUUGGAUAUUUAUGGAUUUAUGCCACUAUUGGAAAAUUUUUCACCUGAAUUUAGCAAAACAGUGUUGAGAAAUGAAAAACUCCUUUGUGAAAUGGAUUCUUCUCAACGAGAAAUUGUACAAAAACUUAUUGACUCUAUGAUUUAUAAUGAUGAUAAGAUGAAUUUCAAUGAAGAGUAUACAGUCAAUGUUUUGUAUAUUUUGGGAUUCUUUAAAAAUGCUGAAUUUCUUGAUUUGAAACAAGACAUGGUUACCAAGUUUAUCAAUUCUCUUUCCUUGACAUCUCUAUCUUCUGUAUGGGAGAAAGUUGAAGAAUUAUUGAAAAUAUGUGAAAAUCUUGGACUUUCAAACUUUAUCCUUGAGAAGUUGAACAAAUAUUGCACAGAAUAUACUGCUGUUCAAUUGAAAUCUCCAGAAGGAAGCAAAAUACUUUCAAAUAUUUCUAUAAUAUUAAGGAACAGCGUCAGGAUUUUCCCUUUAAUGGCAAUUUCAGAACCAAGUCCUAUUAUCAUUGAUGAAAUUGUUGAAAAAUUUCAGCAAGGAGUUAAUAGUUUAUAUAAUGAUAAGGGAACAUAUGAUUUUCGUGUCAAAUUGAGUGAAGAUGAGUUUUUAUAUUGCCACAAAACUAUAUUAAGCUCUUCUAGCUCAAUAUUCGAGACAUUUUUUCAGAAUCAAGAAAUUGACAAUAUUAAAGAUGGUUUCAUGGUUCCAGAUCCAUCAGAAAAUGUCGAUUUGGUGAAGAUUAUAAUCCAAGCAUGCUAUAGAUGUGGAAAUAUUGAGUUUAAUUCCAAUCAAAACAUGUCCCUCCUCUCAACAGCAAUGAAACAUGAAAUGAAAUACCUUAUCGAUUGUUGGUUGAAGAAUUUUAAGAUCAGUGUCGAUAAUUAUUUCGAGGUAGUGUCUGUCUGUAAAAAUUACUUACAUUUACCAUGUUGUGAAGAAUUUUAUCAACUAUUACUAAUGUUUGGAUCAGUUUAUCGUGCUAAGCUUUUCACUGAUUGUGAUAGAGUAGCAUUGCUUCCUGAUCAACUAUUGAGAGCGUUACUAGUUCAGAUUUCUAGUGAUGGAUUUAUCUUUAAUAGAUGA